AUGGAAGAAGAAAUUCUCCUAGCCAAGAAUCCGGCUAUAGAGCACCGUAGUUAUCACCUCCCAGUCCCAGUGGACAAGACGCCUAAUGAUCAUUUAGGCCAGCGAUUCUGGAAACUGCUGAAGUGCGAGAACCGGAACCGUUACUUCACCCGCCGGCCAUGUGUUAGGAAUAGUCUGUACAAAUGUGUUGGAAAGGAUCCCAACCCCAUCUCUUUACGAUCCCAAAUCUCAGAAGCACGAGCUUUGUUUAACCCCGGAGAGAACACAGGAUCCGAGAACGGGGAAGGCUUGUACAAUUGCGGAGAAACCUAUUUCAUUGAGUUGCCUGCUUUCCCCAAAAUUCAAGAAUUACUAGACAUUUACUCUGAGAAUGUGGGUAGGCACUAUCCUGCCAUUCAGCUUCAAAGAGCCAGGUCUCGCAUACAUAAAAUUAUUGAAGACUUGGGAUAUUCUCCAUCUGCUUGCGGAAUUGAUGUUCACUACGUCGCCGCACCAACAGUUGCGUUGUUGUGCAUCAUCAUCUCUAUUGCUGAGGUGACUGGGAUUAACAGCUCGUCUUCCAACUCUCGGGCUACGAUUUUUGCAAACCAUGCUCGCAGCUUAAUACAAAUGGCUGACAAAUUUUCUUCAAAUCUGGAAGCUCUUCGAUGCCAUACCCUGAUUACCAUAUACUUUCUGCAUAUGGACUUUCUGGAUCUUGCCCUGCAGUCUAUUGCUGUCACUGUUCGACUAGCAAUGUCCCUUAAACUUCAUCACCGAUUACCGUCUCCCAGAGAAGGAAGCGAAGGAAGCGACUCCUAUGACCAAAAUCUGUGGUGGACAAUCUACAUCCUGGAUCGUAACCUCGCAUGCCUUGGUGGAGUACCUUACCUCAUCAGAGACGAGGAAAUUGAUGCACCGAGACCAGCGCGGAAUGGUCAAUUCAAAAGUUUCUCUGCUGUCAUAUGUAUCAGUUGCUCGAACGAACCUGACGAGCAAAGUGGGCCGAUGGAGAAAAUAUUUCAUCAGGAAGCCACGUACUUGGAAGCUCUAGCCCAUCUGGGGCGCAUUUGGGCUUGUAUUUGGAACAACUUAGCUACUGAUAGAUCUGAACCUGUCUGUCAGUGGCAAACGACAGAAGCCUUGGAUACCCAGCUUCGCAUUCUUCAACAACAGCUCCCGGCUGAACUCGUUUGGGAAAGUCCGUCAAGCCUGAGCAGAGACCUAGAGAUACUGCAGGAAACUGCAAUGCAGCGACAACUGGUUGUUCUGAUGCGUAUCAAUACUCUCCGACUAUUUAUUCGACGAAAUCCUGCUUCGAAGUGUACAUGCCUGGACAGGAAAUCCCCGCACGAUGACGGCACAGCAAUUUCAAGGAAAAUCAUCGAAACAAUAAUCGAUUUCAGCACACUUCAUCAUGAAGGCCUAUUACCAAUCGGGCACGCUAUCACCACAACUCUCGUCCAAUGCAUCCUAUACCUGAUUAAAGUCAUCGAUGAGUCAACCGAUACGGGCGGAACGGAAUCAGCCUCUGCUUCUGUAGUGUCGGCUUAUCAGGUGUUAGUCGAUCUGUCUGACCAUUGUGUCUCUGCAAGGAAUGCAGUUGAGACACUUGAUGAGGCAUUAUUCCACCACGGAGACGGGCCAGCUCAAUCUACCGCCGUAAUCUUAUCAUGCGGUGGCUCUGGUAGUAGUAGCCAUUUAGAUGGGUUGGAAGGCACCCGUCCACAAGGACCACGUCGGAUAAGAAGGAAAAGUAGUACUUCGGCUUCCAGCGAGGAAAAUACCCGCGGACACGACCUUUUUGAUUGCCUGCAAAAGAGUUAUGAGAGCCUAGACAGCUUGCUACCGAAUACAGUACCUACUCUAUAG